AAAUUUCUCAACUUUGAAUUCCAUUAUUUCUGAAGAAAGAAGAGAAACUUUAAUUGAGAUUUGAUGGGUUCUCUUCUUUUUCUUCUCUUUUGAUCUCAUCUAUCAGUAUCAAGGGCUGUAUUAAUUAGCCCUUGUUUCAGUUUUAUGAUUUUGUUCUUUCUAUGGUAUGUUAAUACAUAUAUCUGUUGAUGUCCGAGUUGGAUAAAGAAAUUUCCAGAGUUGGUGGCACUGUUGAUGAUGAUGAAGAUGAUGAUCAGACGGUUGGAGGUGGUGGUGGUGGCGGCCGUCGUGGUGGUGGGGUCCAUGGGAAUGAUGGUGAAGAGAAGCAGGGAGGGUUUGGGUGUGCACAGAAUUUUGGAAGAAGGGCUAAGAAGUUGGUCCUGCUUCCAGUGGCAAAGGCCAAGAAGCAACUCUAUAACAGAAGACAAAGACAACAAAACAAAAGGGUUUCACUUUCUGAUGCUUCUGCGAAUGCUGGUGAGAAAUUUGGUGGUACUAGUAGUAAAGUUUGCUUCUCUUGUUUUAUGCAACCUCCAACUUUGGAUUCAUCUGCUGAGUCUAUCGAAAGUGACCCCAAUGAUCCUAACUUCUCUAAUGAGAUGUUGAGGUCUUUGAUUGAGAAUAAUGAUUUCUAUUCUAAAGAAUGCAAUCCCCACCUGAAUUUUCAUGGGUGAAUUAUUCUCGAGGAUUGAUAUUGUUGUUUUGUGGUUGUGAUUGUUGAGAAAUUCCUCAAAAGCUUCAAAGAAAAGUUAUGGUUUUUGCUGAAA